AUGGAUCGAUCUACAAAGCUGGAGAACAAAGAGGAGGAGCUAGCAGUUUCUGAUGCUGGAAAUGCUGGGACUGUAGAAUACUUUGAAAGAGGCAGAGUGGAAUCACAGGGCGAGGAGACAGAAAGCGAAGUAACAUACAGCAUCAGUGAAAGAAGCAAUUAUUUGCAAAUCCCGUAUGGCUUCCAGAGUAGAGGGUCAUACAAACAUGCCUCAAAAAACUGUGAGAUUGUCGGAGGUAGGAGAUAGGGAUGAUUCCAAAAUGGGAUGGAGAAAAGGUGCACAGGAAGGGUGUUGGCAGAAGGGAAAUUCCAACUUUUUUAUCUUCAUCCAAGUGAUAAUGCUGGAAAGUUAAUAUGCCCAUAAAGUUAUAAAUCUGACAUCCAAAUAACCAGCACAUGCCUGGACAUUGCUGUCGUAAAAAAAUUAGUCUUCUGCUUGUUAGGAGUUGGUGAUCAUAUGAUUGACACCCUUCUUAGUAGUUGUAUGAUUUAUUUGUGAUUUUAUUAGUUUUAAUUUGUCUCUUUUCCUCAGUGACACACAAUUCACGAUUCAGGCAGUUUGUAUUCCUUGACUCGAGAGGAAUCACAAGUUGGUCUUAUGAAAGUGUCUAUAAUACAGGUACAAUAUGUAAGAAUAACAGUAACAAGCCAUUUUUCUUUAUCAAAUUGUGGUCUUUGUGGAAAUGAUGUGUGCAGGACAUUAUACAGUCUGGUAAUGAUCAAGGAACAUGAUAUUUUCUCCGAUGACACAAUCUACUCAAAUAAUUUCUGUGGGUUAAUAUACUUAUAAUAAAGAUCUAUGAAUUUACAAAAUAAGACACUAAAUAUUAUGAUCUCUUUAAUUACCUGCUAUUCUCUUUGAAAUCUUUUAUUUGUAAUGUAUUCUUAUAACAGGGGCUUCACUUCGUAGCUUUAGAGGACCAUUAGUUGUGCAAAUUAUGAGCUGAUUAGAAUUGCUUUCAAACAAUUUGUUAAUUUAUUGUUUAUUUGUUUUCAGUCACAAGACAUUUGAACUACCCCUCCUACCAGUUUAAUGUUCUUAGGCUCAUUAUAUUUUCAAGGAAGUUCAAUGUUUAUUUUGCAUUAUCCAAAGAGUAUGCAUUAAAGGCAAGUAACACUCCUUAA